UAUAAAACUUGCACAUGAACAUUCCAUUAAGCAACAGGUGCAAACUUCUCAUAUAUCAAUGAGUGCUGUCACCUGCACCGUGAUGCAGAGGUUAGCGGAGGUUCGAAUUCUGGCGAAGACUUCUUCCGCGGUUUGUAUUGUAGCAGUGCGUUGCGUCUCAUCCAUUCGUCUGCUUGGUUCUGUUAAGUAUCUAGACAUAGCAAAUAUGCGACAAAAUUUGGGCAAUCAUACAGUUGACGUGUGUCCUGGUUACAAUCACCACAUAUAUCUAAUACGCUGUCAUCAAUCCUAGCUGUGUAGAAGUGGAGGCGGCAGCAUCUGCCGGAUCGCAAUUGAGCCAGAACUACUCCAAUUUGCCGAGGGAGGCUAACUUCGUCAAUUGCAAUGGCUGACGAUCGAUCUCCAAGGACUACUUUCACUCGGUAACAAUUCACCACUUCUGUUACCGUGUCUGCGUGAAUGCUAUCUAGACCCGCUUGAAGCGCCGUCUGAUCUAAAGGUUUUCUCCUGUAGCGCUGAACCUUGCACUCUACAUCAUGUAGAUCCACCCUGAUAUCUCUGGGCGAUAGAUGCCUAUCCACAAGGUGGUGAUCGCGACUGUUUCUACGAUAGCAGUCUAGUAGAUGCUGCCUAAACAGCCUUCGCACGCUUAGGAUCUUUGUCUCCUGAUUGAAAUGGUCCACAUGAGAACUGAGGAGACAGCCCGUCGCAAUACCUAGGCCAGUGUUCUAAAAGAUCUGAAUAUAAUUCCACGGCGUGUCGCUUAGCUGAAAUAACUGUAUUGAAUAUAUUGUAGUCAACAAGGUUAUUUUUCAGUGCUGCCGGCAAGCAACUUGAGGACCUUGCUUCUACGCCUGCCAUGGUGUUACCAAGUAUUUUAAAUAUAUUGUGGUCGGAAUUCUUCACAUUUGACUUUCACGUUAAACUCCUUAUUCCUCGCCUUAUUCUUCUUCCCGCUAUGAAAGGCGAACGUGCCAACCUCUGAGCUACGGUGGUCUCUCCUUUUAAGUACGAAUAAGAGGUUUUUCGUGAAUACCAUCCCUUAGGUUCACUACGUAGCAAUGCUGAUAAACUGAAUUGAGAAGCGGUCAAAUAAAUAACAAUUUGUGCGAUAGGAUUUUGAAAAAAGGAGAGAAAUAACAUUAGCGAAACCAUAUGAGAAUGAAAAUAUUGAAAAUCCCGAUAUAUACGUAUACAGACAUAUGAAAGUCUACAGGGAUUGCGUGAACUUGGCAUAUGGUUGGACAACAAUGCUAAUAAGGGUAACAUUAGUUGCCAUGGGGACGGAAACAUGCAUAGAAUGGGCAAAGUUUUCAUUUAAAAAGAAAUGCAUGAACGCACAGCGACGAUGAGUCUGACGUUUUAGGGAUGGUAUCAGACAAGAUAAUAAAGCUCAAAAAGAAGCCGAUUGAGAGAAUGUCGUUUGAAAAGGUUUUGUACAAAUAUGAAGAACCUCAUGGACCAGGCGAUGUAUAUUUUAUUUGGCAAAAAGCACAAGGAUCUCUCUUGGCCACAACUGGCUCCGAUGGCACUGUGGCUGUAUUCAAUCGCCAAGGUCAAUUGUUGGAAAGAAUCAUUUUACCAGGACUAUGCUCGGGAUUUGCUUGGGAUAAUGAUGGCGAGAUAUUAGGCAUAAUUACUGCUUCUUCGCCCACAAUAACAUUAUGGAAUUCAAUUACAUUGCAAAAAACGUCGGUUGAGUCUGGUCUUCGAGAUCCAUUGUCCUGCGUUAUAUGGUCGAAACAAGAGCAAAUAAUGGCGGUGGGAACUGCCCGAGGAAAUUUGGCUAUAUAUAAUCAUAGAACAGGAAAGCGGAUACCCGUUUUGGGGAAGCAUUCAAAACGAAUUAGCUGCGGCGCAUGGUCGGCCCAAAACAUACUGGCGCUGGGUUCAGACGAUAAAACAUUUUCACUGAGUAACGAAGAAGGCGAUUCGGUGCGUGUAGUUCAACUUCGGGACGUGCCCAGUGAUAUGUAUUUUGCUGAGAUGGCAAAUGACGACCGUAUAAAUGGCGACAAUGCCAUCAGUAUGAUUAUUGGUAAAAGGACACUCUACCUAUAUUACUUGCCAGAACCCGACGCUCCAACUGAACUUGGUUUCCAAAGUCGAUAUGGGUCCUUACUGCAGCACAAGUGGUUUGGAGACGGUUAUAUCCUAUUGGGGUUUUCAAAUGGCCAUGUGGUUGCAAUAAGUACACACCCCAAGGACAUAGGACAGGAGUUGUGGCAAGUAAAAAAUCACAAAGAAUUGCUAACGGGUCUCGCUUACAGUCCAGCUUUGGAAAUCGUUGCCUCUUGUGGAGAUGAUAACAUUAAAAUCCACUCUAUUACAAAUCUUCAUGAAACUGAAAAAAUCAUCACCGUUCCUGAUCACACGGGCGUACAAAUGAUUGACUGGUCUGCCGACGGUCAACUUCUUUCUAUAACAACGAUGACAGGCUCCGUAUAUAUUUAUGUUACUCUUCUACCUCGAGUAUAUGCGGUUUCGGCUCCAAGGAUUGCGAUUUUGAGUAGUCUUGCCGAAGUCUCUAUUUAUGUUUAUUCUCCAGAAAAGUCAAAAUCAAUCCCAUAUCGACAACCGCUUGAAACAGAGCCACAAUUUUUGGCUUUGGGUUCAUAUCACUUAGCGGCGGGGGUAGAUAAACAUAUCUGGUUUUAUGAUUUGGGAAAAACUCUGGGCGAUAAGCCGGAGCCCCUGAGCGAAAGAGAUUUCUCGCAACCCAUACAGGACAUAAGGCUCAAUGCGGACUAUUGUGCUGUAUUAUGUCCACCCCAGCUCAUACUUCAGGCUAUCGUUAGUGACAACCCCAAUGUCAAAGAUAAACUUAUGCAGACAUUCCCCAACGCCGUGCCCAUUUUGAAUGAUGCCGUUAUAACAUGCUUCGGAUUGACGCAGGAAUAUUUGAUUUUUGCUACUGAUAUAGGACAUUUGCUGUAUUUCUCUUUGGAAAAGUGGGAAGUGUGUACCACAUAUCGGCAUAACAUGGGCAUUAUUAAAAUGUUUCCCGAUUGUGAGGGCACAAAAUUGAUAUUCAUCGAUGACCAUUCGCAAGGUUAUGUAUUCCUGCCAGCGCUGGAGGAAGCAGUUAUUAUAGCGGAUUUUCCCAAAAAAUGCGAUCUUUGUCUAUGGGAUUUGGCACAAUCGAAUCAUUUCAUUACCUACAACGAUAAAAUAGCCACGACAAACGUUUUCGUUCGCCAUUCCGUUUACGGCAAAUACACAAUUAAAGCAGGAGAGACUAAGCUCAAUGCGUCUCAAAUUCCUUUGAUGUUAUGUGAUGGGGAAAUGGUUUUGCACAUUGACGGGGGUCAGUAUGGGACGCAAACAUUGGCCACACAUCUGGUAUUGCCGGGUGCUAGUCAAAACAGUAACCUGAAAAAUUUAUUGCAAUUAAGAAAAUAUACGGAGGCAUUUAAGGUCUGCGAGAAAAUAAAUCUAAAUGGUUCGUGGAUUGAGUUUGCCCAACAAGCAAUAUCCGAUCUGGAACCGACAUUGGCACUUAGAGCCUACCGUCAGGUGGGUGACGCGAGCAUGGUACGAGUACUAGAGGACAUCCGAUAUAUGGAGGACAUAAAUCUAUUGACUGGAUUUUGUUGUAUGCUUCUGGAGAAGUACGAGGAAGCCAAAGAAUUCUUUUUGAAAGGGUCAUAUACCAAAGAGGCUUUAGAUAUAUGUAGAGAUAUGUUGCAGUGGGAGCAGGCGUUGUUAUUAGCCCACAAAUACGAGUCAGAAGAAGUUCCUUUUAUUGCCAGGGAAUAUGCUCAACAGUUGGAGUUUAGUGGAAAUUACAUUGAUGCCCUAUACAACUAUGAGAAGGGCUAUAAAGAAGACUUAAUCGACAAUACGGAACUUCAACAACUAAUCAACAGUUCACCUGAGUAUGAAGAACACGUGCGUCUUUGUAAAAUGGGCAUAGCGAGAACAUCUAUCCGAGCUGGGGACUUUCGAAGGGGCAUCCAAUAUGCUGUUGAGUUAAAUGACAAACAGCUUCUGUUUGAUUGUGCAGAGCUUUUAAGCACCGUGGGUCAUACCACCGAGGCUGCUGGUCUAUAUGAGCGCGGUGAAUAUUACGAUGAGGCCUGUUCCCGCUACAUUUCUCUAAAAAUGUGGAAUAAGAUUUCACAAAUCUUGCCCAAUGUUAAGUCGAAAAAAUUGCAUCUGCUCUAUGCCAAGGCUAAGGAGUCAGAUGGUCAGUUUGAGGAGGCAAUCGGUAGUUAUCGUAUGGCAGGUGACUUGGAAGCCUGUGUACGAAUAUACUUGGAUCACCUUUCCGACCCCCAUUCAGCUUCGGAAAUUGUGCUAGAGUCAAGAUCGUCGGAGAGUGCAAAGCUGCUAGCCAAAUUCUACCAAAAAAUAGGCGACAUAGAUCAGGCCUUGCAGUUUCUCGUCCUCUGCGGGUGCGUUCAGGAAGCAUUUUCUUUGGCUCAGCGGCACAACAAACUUAAGAGGCAUGGCGAGUUACUCGAAAGAUACGAGAAUGGCAAAUCGAGUGAUUACUUGGCACUUGCUCAUUACUUUGAAGGCGAGAAAUAUACACUGUUGGCUGGGAAAUAUUACUUUCUGGCUCGCGAGUUCACAAAAGCUUUAAGGUUUCUGUUAAAAGCAUCCGCAUUUACAAACGACGAGUCGCAGGCUUUAUCAAUGGCCAUUGACUGUGUUGCAACAUCGAAUAACGAACAGCUUUCCACGCAGUUGAUAGAAUUUUUGCUUGGCGAAGUGGAUGGUUCCCCCAAAGACCCCAGAUAUUUGUUCAGGCUGUAUAUGGCUAGGCGACACUAUAAGGAUGCUGCAAAGACGGCCGUAAUAAUUGCUAACCAAGAGCAGCUAUCGGGAAAUUAUAAGUCUGCAAGAGACCUACUAUUUUCUAUGUAUCAGGAGUUGAGACGCAACAAUCUCUCUGUUACAGCCGAAAUGCGACACAACUUAAUUUUAUUACAUCGUUAUUCGUUAGUUCGGGUUCACGUGAAAUUGGGAAAUCACCUUCUGGCCGCCAAAUUAUUAGUACAAGUAGCCGGUAACAUAUCUCAGUUUCCACUGCAUGUUAUUCCCAUAAUUACAUCGACUGUCAUUGAAUGUCAUCGUUCUGGUUUGAAAAAAUCAGCUUUCAUCUAUGCAUCCAUGUUGAUGAGACCGGAAUACAGAAACAAUCUCGAUCCCCGGUAUUCAAAGAAAAUUGAAUCCAUCGUCCGCAAAGCUCCGAAGGGUGUUAAAAAUUUACGCGACGAAAUCGAUGAUGAGACUAUGGAGUGUCCGAUUUGUGACGCGAAUCUUCCUAACAUGGAAGUAACUUGCUAUAGCUGCAAGACAACUUUGCCCAUCUGCAUUGCGACUGGACAACAUAUAAUUAAACAUCAUAUGACCUCUUGCCCAUCGUGCGAUUUUCCAUGUUUUCGUGCUGAAAUGGAAAACAUUUUGUCUGAGCUUAAUGAAUGCCCGAUGUGCGAAGAAAAUGUUGCACCCGAAAAACUCUUGGACGUGGAAGACAUUCGACCGUAUAUUUUAUCAUCCUCUUAGUAGUUAGUAGUCAAUCUGCAUAGCACUAUGCCCUGGAAACAAUAGAAAGGAAAGUUUCUAAUCAUUUAAUUGAGAUUAAUAAUUCUUAACUUGAGAGCUUAAUUAUGAUUUAAUAAGCAUGAAUGCACUUUGAAACAUUUAUUAAGGCUGAGAUAUUGACAAAGCCAAAAAAUACGUAUAUUUGAUGUAAGAAUGUCGUGUACAUAUAUUUAUUAAAUUGUAAUAAGAAUAACUUAA